AUGGCGGCAGCGGCGCUGUGGCUGCGCUGGAGGCCCGCGCUGUGCGGGCGGCUGCGGAGCGCGGGCGGCGCCGCUCCGCCCCUGGCCGGCCCGUCGGGGAUGAGGAGCCGGGCGCCGCCGCCCGCGCCGGGCAGCCGCCCGCUGUCCCGCUUGCCGCCGGGCAGCGGCCCGCGGACGGGCGCGCAGAGAAGGCUGGUGUCGUGGCGGUCGCUGGCGGCCACUUUCGUGCUGUGCGGCGGGCUGCUGGCCGCCAUGAAGAUGGUGAAGCGGCGGAAGGAGGAGAAGCUGGAGAAAGAACGAAACAGAGGCAUUGGGAAACCAUUGCUAGGAGGGCCCUUCUCACUUGUCAGCCAUGAGGGAGAGCCCAAGACCAGCAAGGACUACAUUGGCCAGUGGGUGCUGAUCUACUUUGGAUUCACACACUGCCCUGACAUCUGCCCUGACGAACUGGAGAAAAUGAUUGAAGUGGUAGAUGAAAUUGAUGGAAUUCCAUCUUUGCCUAAUCUGACCCCACUGUUCAUCACCAUUGAUCCUGAGAGGGACAACGAAGUAGCCAUUGCCAGAUAUGUUAAAGAUUUUUCUCCAAAGCUGAUUGGCCUGACUGGUACCAAGGCACAGAUUGACCAAGUGGCCAAAGCUUACCGCGUGUAUUACAGUGAAGGUCCCAAAGACGAAGACAAUGAUUACAUAGUGGAUCACACAAUAAUAAUGUACCUCCUUGGGCCAGAUGGUGACUUUGUGGACUACUAUGGCCAGAAUAAGAGGAGCGCUGAGAUUUCUGCUUCUAUUGCUGCACACAUGAGAAAAUACAGAUCCUAA